AUGGCCGAACAAGUUGUAGACUUUAUAAUAGAGCAAUCGAAUGCAGCAACCAAAAAGAGAAGAGAUGAGGAAAUGGAGAUAAUCACAGAUUACAUGGUGCUUGAGAUCGAAAAAGGACAAAUAUACAGUGACAAGAACAUACUGAAAAUGACAAUCAGAUUCUAUGCAAUGAUAAAGAACUUUCAAAUCAGAACGAAGAGGUUCGAACCGAGUGAGUACAUGGUUACAUGUCCUGACAAAAAUUGUAACUGGUUUCUGCGCACCUCAAAUUUGAAACAAACACGAACCUUCAAGAUUAGAAAAUAUGUCAACAACUACACCUACUCAUUGGAUGUCAUAAUGGAAGAUCAUAGGCAAGCAACUUACAAUACUAUUGCUCAAAUAGUAAAGAAGAAGUACGACUCAAUAAACAGGAAGCAUGCACCGAAUGACAUCAUGAAGGACAUGCAUGAGUUUGGGGUCUCGAUGGGAUAUCAAAAGGCUUGGAGAAUAAGAGAGAAGGCUCUAGAGUUGUCAAGAGGAAAUCGAGAAGACUCAUACCAACAACUCCCAAUGUACCUUCAUAUGCUAAAAAAAGCCAAUCCAGGCACUGUAACCGAAUUGAUAACAGACAAGAAGAACCGGUUCAAGUACAUAUUCCUAGCACUGUCAAACUCAAUUAGAGGAUGGAUUCAUUGCAGACCGGUGAUUGUGGUAGAUGGCACAUUCUUGAAAACAACAUACGGUGGGACGUUGUUUACAUCAUCAACAAUGGAUGCUAAUAAUCACAUAUUCAUAAUGGCAUUCGGAAUAGGAGACUCGGAGAAUGAUUCAUCAUGA